UAUCAGCCCAAGCUUCACCAGUUCAAAGCCGAUGUCAGUGAGAUCCAAGGAGCCUGAUGUUCUGACUAAAGAUAUGGCUGUUCUUGGGCAGGAACUUUUGCUAUGCCGAGCAUCUGAUGUGGACCUGAUUAGGGGUGAUGCAAGUCCGCGGCGGCAACUUCAGUUUCUGGAGCAGCUUUUAGCUUUCGUCCCAGGCUGCGUUAAGUCUGCUGUGCACACAGCUGAUGGAGAGCUGCUGCUGAAGGAGUUCUUUGGUGCUGAGAAUCUGCCGCACCUCACACAGACGCUCAGUCCUGCAUUUGACCCUUGGCCUACACACAUCAAGGCUCUGUGGAAGAACACAAAGUCAUCUUAUAAGCCAAACAGAGAAGAAAAUGGAGAUAUUGUUGCCCUUCUACAGGCAACGCAAUCAGCACUGGAGCAGCUGCAGUCAAAGUGUGUAUUCCUGAACAGCGAGGCCCAGAGUCCUCCCGCCUUCUCUCCAAGCUCACUGCGUGUAGCAGUGUCUGACCUCCAGCAACUGAUGGCCACCUUCAGCCAUGUUUAUGAGACAGACCUGAGAGUUUACUGCAGCAGAGACCCCCCCAGCUUCAGCUCAGAGACAGAAGUCUUCCAGAGGGUCCAACAGCUGCUGCUGGCCUGCAACACGGAGCUGGAAAUGCUGAAGGAAGUGUCAGAAGCUUCUGAGUCGGUGAGCGAGGAGGUGAAGCAGCUUCAAACGCAGCCUCGCUACUGGAGCCGAGGAGAGAAGCACACGUUACCUGAUCAACUGGAGAAGGUUAUCGGACGAAUUGGAGGCUUUCUGUCUCAGCUUAGUUCAUAACGUCAUUCAGAGGGAUGCACUCAUCAGAUUCACUGAGGAGGCUCUGGUGGUGUUAAGACGGAGACAACACAGCUUGGACGUGUUUCAGAGGUGUAAGGGACAGACGUGUAAGGGACAGACGUGUAAGGGACAGACGUGUGUGUGGUCACUGCAGUCAGACACCCUGUUUAAUCUGAGCAUGACUGACAUGUUGUGUGAAACAGAAAGUGUCACUGUUGGUGAGUCGAGAGUUUUUACAUCGUUUUUUUGGAGAAAUCAGUGAUGACAUUAAACAUGUUGCUAUGCUU